GAUACAGGUGCAAGGGAGGAGGGAGGGUGGUGGUGGGGGGGGGACAGGACUAAGAGGAUGAUACAUAAUGGCAUGCAAUAAAAAAAGAAAAAAGAAAGAAAGAAAGAAAGAAAAAAGAAAGACAUGCUCGAUAUUUUUACAUUAACCAUCAAGCAACACCACGGGUACACCACAGACACAGUCACAGACCCACAGAGUUCUAUUUUUACCACACUGGCCCCCAUGUCACACACACCACACCACACCAUUCUACAGCACACCACACCACACCACGAUCACCACACCACGCCACACCACACCAUGAUCACCACACCACACCACGAUCACCACACCACACCAUUCUACAGCACACCACACCACGAUCACCACACCACACCAUGAUCACCACAUCACGAUCACCACACCACACCACACCACGAUCACCACACCACACCACGAUCACCAUACCACGAUCACCACACCACACCACAAGCCAUGCCGAUCUGCGCAGCGCCACAUCACUUCACACUGCUGCUGCUAUAAACAACAGCAGCAAGGACAAACAACAAAGACAACAGCAUGAACACUCUGUCUGGCGCCGUGCAUGAACACCGACACGUAUUCAAAGUCGGGAGCCACAACACCC